UCGUGCGUUCUCUUCUUCCCCUUUAGUGUCACCAUCCAAGACCUCCAAGACACUUUAAAAAAAACUAAGAAUUCAAGUUUUUCCAUAGACUCUUCAAAUAUACCAUGACACAAAAUAAAUAGGCAACAGUCCGAGUGCAUCAUAACGAUCAGACAGUUCAGAAGUUACUACUUGCGCCGUUUCUUACCGGUCUUUACCUACUUACGUGAUUCGUGCGUUAGAAUACGAAUUACAAAUCAUUUGUGAGCUCAUUCAACACACGGAUGAAUUUAUGAUUCCCUUCCUGAUCUCUCUCUACAAAUACAGACCAUAUAGAAGUUGGACUCCAACUAUCAUGAAUUUUAGAUGGAAUCUCUGGAUCAUCUUACUUCAUUUUUUACAAAUUCUAGAAUAUGUAAAUAGUCAUGGAAGACUUAUGGACCCACCAGCAAGAAACAGCAUGUGGAGAUUUGGUUUCCCUAAUCCAGUGAAUUACAAUGACAAUGAACUCUUUUGCGGAGGAUAUGCAGUCCAAUGGGUUCAAAAUGAAGGAAGGUGUGGAAUGUGUGGAGAUGCUUAUCAUUUAGCUGAACCAAGACCGCACGAGGCUGGAGGAGAAUUCGCCAAGGGAACAAUUGUUAGACACUAUAAAGUUGGUCAGGACAUAGAUAUCGAAGUAGAAUUAACUGCCAAUCAUCAAGGAAGAUUUGAACUUUAUCUCUGUCCAACAAACAAUGCAAACAAACGAGCAACUCAAGAAUGCUUUGAUAAAUAUCCACUUUAUUUAUCGGGUACUGAAGACGUGGCUUUCGUCAUUCCAGAAGAUAGCGAAAAAAAAGCUAUUUUUAACUAUAAAGUAGCAUUGCCACCCUAUGUAACUUGUUCUCAGUGUGUUAUUCAAUGGAAUUAUUAUACAGGUAACAUGUGGGGCACUUGUGAAAAUGGAACCGAGGCCGUUGGUUGUGGAAGACCGGAAACUUUUCGGAAUUGUGCUGAUGUAAAUAUUGUAACCAGUACAGGAGGAGUUCCACCAUUAUUUAUUCACCAAGACAAUCCAUUUCUUUUGUAUUAUCAAGACUAUAGAGUAUCUGAUAAUAAUAACAACGAUAAUGUCUUUCCACUGGUCAUCAGGUCACAAGUAUGUCAUUCGACAAAUGUGUAUCGAUUCAUACCAGGAAUGAACCAAUGGUGCACUACUAAUUGUCUUCGAUAUCCACCAAAUUGUCCCACCAAUAUAUGCAGUUGCCCGAGCCAAUGUGAUGCUAUUGGAGAACUCGAAGGAAGAAAAGGGGCAGACAUUUAUUGUAUGGAUAAAUGUCUUGUUUAUCAAUCAAACUGUCCAUCUGAACGUUGUCGAUGUUAUUAACCGAAAGAGAAUAAUAAAAUUAUUCAAACAAUU